AUGUACACCUAUGAUCCAUCAUCCAAUUUUCAUGCGGGAGCAAUAACCUCGGGCAGUUCGAUGUAUGGUCUUCCUCCGGCAGAUCCUUUUCAAAGAACUGAUCCCAUGGUCAUGGGCAGCGCCAACACUGAACAAAAAGAUGUUGAGCUCAGCGAUAAAAAUGGUUCGAAAGCGGAGGACGAGGAUGAUGGAGCCGACGCGCUUGAGGACGAUGGAGACGACGAAUACGAUAGCAACGGGAAACGUAAGAAGCGGAAACGACGAGUACUCUUCACCAAAGGUCAAACGUACGAGUUGGAGAGACGAUUCCGCACCCAGAGGUUCGUCACUGUGAGAACCAACUUCUCCAAGAAAGUUUCAUUGAAACACAACAUUUUGAGUCAUACAGGAUGUCAGUUGUUCUAG